AUGACGUCCGAUAACAGGAAACCCAACCUUUCGUUCGCCAGAAGUUAUACCAGCAGUGCCUUCUCCGCUUGUUUUGCUGAGCUCUGUACUAUUCCGUUCGACUGUGCUAAAGUCAGGCUUCAGCUCCAAACGCAAGGCUUUGCGGUUGCAGGUGGUAAUGUGAUGGCCUUACCUAAAUACAGGGGUAUGCUGCACACAGUUGGUACUGUGGCUAGGGAAGAAGGUGCAGCGGCCCUAUGGAAAGGAGUGACAGCAGGAUUGCAUCGUCAGUGCAUAUAUGGUGGUUUGCGGCUUUCAUUGUAUGAACCUAUUAAGACGUUAUAUGUGGGAGAAGACUUCGUUGGAGAUGUUCCUUUUGUAAAGAAAAUUCUCGCUGCCCUGACAUUAGGUGCCAUCGCAAUCACAAUGGCAAAUCCAACUGAUCUUGUAAAAGUUAGACUUCAAGCUGAGGGAAGAUUGCCACCAGGCAUGCCUAGGCGCUAUACUGGCUCACUGAACGCGUAUUCCACCAUUUUGAGACAGGAGGGAGUAGGGGCUCUCUGGACUGGAAUUGGACCUAACCUUACACGUAAUUCUGUUGUUAAUGCUGCUGAACUUGUCAGUUAUGAUACUGUGAAGCAGACACUUUUGAAACUUCCCGGGUUUGACGACAAUGUUGGCACUCAUCUUCUGUCUAGUAUGGGGGCAGGUUUAAUUGCCGUCUCCGUUGGCUCACCAGUUGAUGUGGUUAAGUCAAGAAUGAUGGGAAAUACUGGUGCUUACAGAAACACGCUUGAUUGUAUCUUUAAAACUUUGAAGAACGAAGGACCUUUGGCCUUUUAUAAGGGCUUCUUCGCAUAUUAUAGUCGUCUAGGAUCUUGGAAUGUGAUCAUGUUUCUAACACUUGAGCAGGUUAAGAAGUUUAUGAGAAACUUAGAAUCAAAUUGA